AUGACUCAGAUCGAGGUUCCCGACGCCGAUGAGCUCGGUGGAAACGUCACCAAACCCUUUAAGUUCGUGACUGCUGGAUACGACGCCCGCUUCCCUAACCAGAACCAGACAAAACAUUGCUGGCAAAACUACGUUGACUAUCACAAGUGCAUCCUGGCGAAGGGCGAAGAUUUCAAACCAUGCAGACAGUUCUAUUUGGCAUAUCGAUCCUUGUGCCCUAGUUCCUGGGUCCAUAGGUGGGACGACCAACGUGAAGCUGGAAACUUCCCCGUCGACUUGGAGCACUAG